GGGAUAACAAGUGAUUAAUUGCGAGAAAAAUGAACGUGGUCCUGGCUGUGAAGCAGUAUGUGGGGCGACUGAUUGAUGAUAGUGGGGCAGGGAUGAAGGUUUUGCUUAUGGACAAGGAUUCGAUCACUAUUGUGAGUAUGGUGUACGCUCAGUCAGAGAUUUUGCAAAAGGAAGUGUAUCUUUUUGAAAGAAUUGACGGAGGAGGAAGAGAGACGAUGAAACAUUUGAAGGCAGUUUGUUUUUUGAGACCGACACAAGAAAAUAUAUCUCUUUUAUGUGAAGAACUAAGAGCACCAAAGUAUGGAUUCUAUUAUCUGUAUUUCACUAACUUUAUACGACAGUCAGAUGUCAAGAAACUUGCAGAUGCUGAUGAGCAAGAAGUUGUGAAAGAAGUGCAGGAGUUUUAUGGAGACUAUAUUGCUGUGAAUCCGCAUCUGUUCUCAUUUAACAUUCCAGCAUGCAGUCAGGGUGGUGCACCUCGGCCUCUUUGGGAAACAGAUACGUUGAAACGUGUUGUAGAUGGAACUACAGCACUCCUUCUUUCCCUCAAGAAGCGACCUGUCAUACGGUAUCAAAAGUCAUCAGAAAUGGCAAGAAAACUGGCAGAUGAAAUUCAAAAAGUAGUUGAUGACGAAGCAUCUCUCUUUGACUUCCGAAGACCAGAUGUUUCACCUGUACUUCUCGUACUUGAUCGUAUUGACGACCCAGUUACUCCACUUCUUAAUCAGUGGACAUAUCAAGCGAUGGUCCAUGAGGUAAUGGGGAUCAUAAACAACCGUGUCGAUUUAUCCAAAGUUCAAGGUCUUAACAAGGACAUGCAAGAAGUAGUGCUUUCGUCAGAACAAGAUGAGUUUUAUCAAGCAAACAUGUAUGCCAACUUUGGUGAAAUUGGUGCUGCAAUCAAGACUCUCGUUGAUCAGUUUCAAGACAAGCAGAAGAGUCAAGCUCAAAUUGAAACAAUUGCUGACAUGAAAGCAUUUGUCGAGAACUAUCCUGCAUUUCGUAAGAUGUCUGGCACUGUGUCGAAGCACGUGGCUGUUGUUGGAGAGUUAUCGAAGAAAGUGAUGGAGCGACAUUUAAUGGAAGUGUCGGAAUUAGAGCAACAGUUAGCUUGUCAGUCAGAUCACUCAGGAGCUCUGCAGAGACUCAAGCAGCUGCUUGCUAAAGAGAAUGUAACUUCCAUCGAUGCCAUGAGGCUUGUGUUGCUGUAUGCAUUACGUUACGAGAGACACAGCAGCAACGAUGUCCAGGGACUGCACGAGUUGCUGUCAAGACGUGGAGUACCAGCAAACUACAGACGACUUGUCAGCAGUAUUAUCGAGUACGGAGGGAAAAACAGAAGAGGAUCAGACUUGUUUGGUACGCAGAAUCCGUUGUCGUUUACAAAAAAGUUUUUCAAAGGAUUAAAGGGAGUGGAGAACGUGUACACACAGCACAGGCCGUUGUUGGUCGAGAUCCUUGACUCUUUGGUUAAGGGCAAAUUGAAGGAUGCUCAGUUUCCGUUUGUAAAAGAUUUUCAGUUGAAAGAACGGCCACAAGACAUCAUAGUGUUCAUGGUUGGUGGCACAACGUAUGAAGAAGCAAUGGCAGUGGCCAGUUUGAAUAAGACAUUACAGGGAGUGAAGAUAGUCUUGGGUGGUACGACUGUACACAAUUGUAAGAGUUUUUUUGAAGAAGUGGCUCAGGCGACUGGUUCAGGCUCUCGUGGUGGCCCCCAGGACGUGCUGCUGCUAGAGGAACCUUACAUUAGUGAUAUCAUUAUACUAGUACACUAAAACAGAAUUAUUUUCUACAAAUUUGUUUGUCAAGAAGUGUUGUGAACUUUAGUUUUCAGCCUUUGCUUUGUACUUGCUGAUGUUGUAAUCAACUGCAGUAGGUUGAUGUAUGCAAGUUUGGUUAUUGAUAGUGCCUUCUGUAAUGA